CGCACGUCUAGAAUGGACUAUAAUUUGACAUCUUGCAUCAAUACCGGGAUGCCUGCUACAUGGCUCGCCGCUGCUGAAUAUGAAGGCGAAAAGGGGCUGUUGGACUUGCAAGCAACGGAAGAUCGGCUGCGACAAAACGAUUCCACGGUGCAAUAAUUGCAAUCGAUCCCAGAGAUUAUGUGAAGGCUAUGGAAUAAGGCUGAACUGGCCCGACCAACUCCAAAGCAGGCGAGACGAUCAUAUCGUAUGCUUCGUGCCAGAAGGUUUCAGCGCUGGAGAGUCUAUUAGCACUCAACAACGCAGAUUUUGCAACACUACUUACCGUGACUUCGCUCUAGCCAAGCAAGAGCGUCUCACCUGGCUUCAGAUCAUCAAGAGACUAUGCGCAGAGCCAAGUCCGUCCCUUACUCUGCACCUGCCAGCAGUGGGCAACGACGCAAUGCUGCUCACUUAUUAUGAGCAGAUCAUAGCACCAAUGUGUUCAACAACGAGAGCAUGGAACGGUUUUCAAUUCCAAGUAUUGCCCAUGGCCUUGUCCAGUCGCGAUAAAGUCAGCAGAUCGCUAUGCAACUCCAUGCUGGCCAUAUCAGCACAUCACCGCCAGUUACCAGGUGCAGCGCUUGCUUACAAAGUGGCUGCCAUGAAAGGCUUGCACGAAUCCGUCACAACCUUGGGCGGUGGUCUCUGUGUUGUGAGCCCCGAGACAACGCUUGCUACCGCAAUGAUGCUGUGCAUGUAUAGUGUAUUCGAUGAAGAAGAAGCUCAAUUCCAUGCGCACUUGGAGGGUGCCAAGAAGAUCUUGAGCUGCUUACCUGCGAGCCAAAGGCGGCAGCCUGCGAUCGAAUUCCUCGUAAAUUGGAUCCUCUACUACGACAUUCUGAGCAACUUUGCUCAACCUUUUCGAGACAGUCAAGCCCACCGCGAGAUCGCCUUCUCGAGGGACCCGCAAACUAGGCCGGACCUGGUUCGUAAUACAGUCGCCCAUUUCUAUACACCUCUGACAUUUAGGAAGAUAGUAGGCUUGCUCGGCUGCUCCAUUGAAGUGUUCGAUAUCAUUUCCUCCGUCAACAAGGUGCGCGCUGAGGUCCUAGAGCAUGCUAAUCGGGACAUCACAGGCACGAGGUGGCAAAUGCGCGUGGCUCUGGAAGAGAAACUACGAAACUUGACGCAAAACUUCAGUCCUGAUGAGGUGGCUCAUUCCACAUGCGAUCAAAUCAUAGCGUCUACAGCGACGGCGGAACUGUACCGCUUGGCAACUCUUUUGUACCUCGUGCGAGUUGUGCCUGUGCAUGGCGAUGAGGCGCAGAGAAAUGCUUAUCUGGACCAAGCUUUUAUGGCCCUAGGACAGGUCCGCGUGGCAACAUGUCCCUGGCCAGUCUUCAUAAUCGCCUGCGAGUCGCGCACGGAGGAGCAGCGCAUGAAGAUUCUGAAUGUCCUGGACUGUAUGGACUCGGCAAGAAAUGUCGGCAAUGUUCGCAUCACGCGGAACAUCAUUCAGACCAUAUGGAGACAGCAAGAUCUGAGGGGAUCCGCAGACAUGACCGGGCCGGUGCCUUGGUGGCUUUGCAUCGAGUCGAGUAUUCCUGUGCCUUGGUUCACAUAA